UGUUUAGUACACAACAGCUGUUUCCUUUUGACAUUUGUGAUAACAUGUGUUAGUGAAGAGUGUUUCGUUUAUUAUUUUGUUUAAAUUUAUUAGAAAUUUCUGAAAUAAAAUUUUUAUAAUUGCAUUUACGAAAACAUGGCUUCACGUGGCGCGAUAUUAUUAGGACAGUGCAUGCCAUGCAUUAAGAAAAAUGCGUCCAAAAUACGCAUACGACACAUGGAGUUGGAUAAGAACCUGAAUAUGUAUUUCAAAAAGGAUGAAUACUUCUUUGCUCAUGAUCCCGAGAAAGUUUGCAAAACGGGCGAUAUUGUGCUGAUACGAGAAUUGCCACAACGUUUGACUCGCUUAAUUUCGCAUACAGUGGAGAAAAUUGUUUAUCCAUUGGGUGACAUAAUAGAUCCAAUAACCGGCAAAAAAGUUGUGGUGGGCAAAUACCGCGAUGAAAUUGAAGAUGCCAACCGUUUGUAUGGUAAAUCCGAGAAAGCGUUCGACUAUGAGAAAGCACCGCCGCGUGGACGUCUGGAGGGUACCAGAGAUUUUACACAUGGCGAAACGUAUAUUAAAUACCAUGAAGAUGGUAAAGAUCAGCCAUUCGCUGUGUAGUAUAAAGCUUUGUUUUUAGUUUAAAUUUAAUAAUUAUUCUCUUUACAAAACGUACAAUAAAACUGUUUGUAUUGAAAAAUAA